UGCCUCCUUACUACACACACGCCAAUAAAAUAUAACUAGAAUUUAUGGAUCUGUCUGAAGAGCAAGUUACUACUCUAAAUCUAAAAGAGCGCAGUCCGGUUACGCCUAAUGAAAAAAACUUCGUGGGCAGUCUGGAAUCGAGCAAUGAAAACCAAUCAAAAAUGGACAAGGGGGGCAUUGCUGAAAUUGAUUCGAAAAUAAUUGACUUAGCUCCUUGCUCUAAAAGUCCAAAGAGGAUCGGGCCGACUGUGCCCCCAAAGCCUUAUAAAAAGAAACCAGAUUACCCUGAGGUGCCACAAAGUUAUAUCGUUAAACAAGUAUGUGAACCGCACUAUUCUAAACGUUUGCAGAGUCUUACUGCGUUAUUCCAGCGAAAGUAUCCGGUUAAUACUUUACAUAAAAUUUCACCCAACAAUGUGACGUUAGAUAAUCCUGUUUUGCUGGAGCAACAGCUAGAAGCUUUAGCUCAUCACAAACGGCAAAUGGAAAAAAGGGGCGUUUUUUCGCAACCGCAGAGUCAUAAUGAGAAAUCCCCUUCAGACAUAUCGGACUUUCCAAAUCUAAUGUUACAUUCUCAAGCUAUAGACGAUUGCAAAUCUGGCGUGAUUUACUCAAAUGUGCGUCCAACACCGAGUAUACUGAAUUCACCUGUUUUCUCACUGAAUGUUGAUCCCAUUAAUGCUGGUACAAAACACUCCGGUGAACGGAAUACGGAGAGGAAUAUCACACAAAAUUUAAGGGAUCUCAAAGCUAAUCGAUAUAGUGUAGAAAAUGGCAGAAAUUUUAUUACAAAUCGAUUGUGUGGCAAAACAGUUCGUAGCCAAAAUGAAAUUUACUCUAACUUGACGUUCGAGGACAACAGCCAAGAUGAAAUACUACCACCAUCAUCAGAAUUGUCUUUUGACGCGAUUGAGGGCACCUCAGAGUAUUCAAGUCACAACAAUGAUGUCGAAACACCACCACCCCCUAGUCCAGUCAGCUCAUCAUAUAGUGAACUAAGACGGGCGACGGAUGUAUUCAAACAGCCAUAUAUAAAUUGUUAUACAAAAUCGCAUGAAACAAAUAUUAGUUGCAACGAUAGUGGGAGCAACAACAAAGGUUUAAGUGGAUUUCAACCUCAAACGUAUAUAAAUGUGAGCUGUAACAAUGAAUUCAAAAUUUAUUGUGCAACAAUGCAGACCGUCAGUCAAGAUACCAUGGAUUUUUACAGUAAUGGAAGUUUCUCACAGGGUUCCACGACAUAUGAGUCCAUAUAUGAACCAAUAAUACCACGUCCAGCUAGUCAACUUUCAUCGCAUGCUAACUAUUUGAACUACGUACCAUACGUUAACGGGCCACAAUUAGAUACAAGUGAAAGUGGAGGAAACGUAUCUACCAUUGGAUCCAUUAGCACUAUCGGCUGCAACACACCGUCAUAUCCAAGUGUAGACGCUGUCGCUGCUAACGCUAACUCAAAAAGCUCAUGCCAACAAAAAGAGGUAGAGGUUGAAGCACUGACUGACUUUUUGGUGCAUUCCCUUGAUACGGGAAAUGGUGUUGAAAAUUAUGGCACAUGUUUUAAAUGCAAUGAACGCGUUGUGGGGGAAAACUCUGGUUGUACUGCUAUGGAACAAAUUUAUCACAUCGCAUGCUUUACGUGUACGCAAUGUAAAAUAAAUUUACAGGGUAAACCAUUUUACGCAUUAGAUGGAAAGCCGUUAUGUGAAUACGAUUACCUGCAAACUUUGGAAAAAUGUUCUGUAUGCUUGAAGCCUAUUUUGGAACGUAUCCUCCGGGCCACUGGCAAGCCAUAUCACCCGCAAUGUUUUACCUGUAUUAUUUGUGGACACAGUCUUGAUGGCAUACCAUUCACUGUGGAUGCUACGAACCAAAAUUAUUGUAUUUCCGACUUUCACAAAAAAUUCGCGCCACGCUGCUGCGUAUGUUUGGAACCAAUAAUGCCAGAAACCGGUGAAGAAGAAACUGUACGUGUCGUAGCGUUAGAUCGCAGUUUUCACUUCGGAUGCUAUAAAUGUGAAGACUGUGGUUUGUUGUUAUCGUCAGAAGCCGAGGGUCGUGGAUGCUAUCCUCUGGACGGGCAUGUACUCUGUAAAAGUUGUAAUGCAAAACGUGCAAAUGUUAACAAGCCGCAUGGCAACAGAGUUAUAAACAAACUUAUUACUGUGACAUAUUAUAUUAUGAAUAUUAUGUAUAAUUUCUACACUCAUAUGUAAAAUUUAAGUAAAUAAAAGUUCGUUUGGUUUGCUGACUUUUUAAAACCA